UAUAUAUACUUCACUUUUAAAUCAUUAUUUCCAACACAAGCUAUCUUACAAAAGACUAACACUCCAUACAUACACUCAACUCCCUCCAGUUCUUCUCUUCUGAAGAUGGGAUUCAGUUUAGGUGGAAUAGCUCAGACCAAAGAGAAACUCCGAAGAACACUUUCGCCUAGAAAAGCAAACGUAUCGACGUACAAUGACGUCCCAAAAGGCCAUUUUCCAGUGUACGUCGGUGAGAUGCACACAAGGUUUGUGAUUCCCAUAUGCUACUUGAACCACCCAUUGUUCCAAGACUUGUUGCAUUUGGCUGAGGAAGAGUUUGGAUACAACCAUCCAAUGGGAGGCCUCACAAUUCCCUGCCCUGAAGAUUACUUCCUAAGCCUUACUUCUCAACUGAGUUCUUGUCGGACGGCACUUUCAUUCUGAUCAAGUUCAUAACUCGGCCCCAUUGAUUUGGAAACCUGAACUGAGAUGACUGAACUAGGAUGCUAAGUUUUGUAAUCCAGAAUAGAUUCAUAUUCUUUCUUGCAGAUUGCUUCUGCUUGUAGCCUGUAAAUCUUACCAAUGAAUAUAACC